GGAGGUAGAGAUGAAGCGAAGGCGCGCAGAGGUCCCGCGCCUGGCGUAUCCUGGAUUAAAGACCAGCACAGAUGUGUUCAGCUGGAGACGUUGAAUACUAUCGGUUGACAUGGAUGAUGAAGAUGGCCGGUGCUUGCUAGAUGUAAUUUGUGAUCCACAGGCCUUGAAUGAUUUUUUACAUGGAUCCGAAAAGAUUGACAGUGAUGAUCUCCUGGACAACACAGGAGAUGCAGCCAGUGCCUUCUUUGAAGGUGCUGGGCUGCACGUGCAGGAAUCUUCCGGCAAUCAUCUGAGCACCGAGCAGAACCAGCCCACCGCCAGCGUCGACCUCGACUUUCUGGAAGAUGACAUCCUGGGGUCUCCCUCCGGCGGCGGAGGGAACCUCCAGAACUCGGAUCAGCCCUGCGACAUCCUCCAGCAGAGCCUGCAAGAGGCUAAUAUCACGGAACAGACACUGGAGGCAGAGGCUGAGUUGGACUUGGGAUCCUUCCAGCUCCCGACGCUUCAGCCCGUGGUUCAGACAGCUUCGGACGGCACCCCACAGAUUUUCCCCAGUGGGGCUGACCUGAUUGGGCUGCAGCAGCCCGCCGUGCUGACCCAUCAGGCCCUGGUGCAGCAGUCGGUGGGGGCCGACGUUGUCAACAAGGCCAUCAGUGUCCAGCCAUUCCUCCAACAAGUGGGCUUGGGGAAUGUGACCAUACAGCCCAUUUCCAACAUCCAGGGCUUGCCUAACGGCAGCCCGAGUGGAACGCUGGGCAUCGGACCCAUCCAGGUGGUCGGGCCGCAGGUGAUGGCCAUCAACCAGCCCACUCAGCAGAUCAUCACAAAGCAAGUGCAGCCAUCGCAAGUGGCCACCAUGCCCGUGGGCAGCUACAUCACACAGACGGCACCUGAGCAGCAGCAGGUCACGCUCGCCUCCACCGGCGUGUCCCCGCAGAGCGCUGGCCUCGUCAUCCAGAAGAACCUGCCGGCGGUGGCCACCACGACGCUGAACGGCAACUCCAUGUUCGGAAGCGUCUCUGCCGCCCAGGGCUCCCAGCCGCUUACCGUCACAUCCAACCUCAGCAGCUCCUUGGUGCAAGCGCAGAACGUCAUCAUCCACCGUACGCCCACGCCCAUCCAGCCCAAGCCGGCUGGGGUGCUGCAGCAGAAGCUGUACCAGAUCACCCCCAAGCCUUUUGGCCCCAACAACACCACCUUGACCAUCCAGAACGAGGCGGCCCUCCAGCAGCAGAAAGCCCAGCAGAACCUGACCUUCAUGGCGGGCAAGCCCGGGCAGAACGUGGUGCUCUCCGGCUUCCCUCCAGGGCUGUCUGCCAACAUGUUCAAGCAGCCGCAGCCGCAGCAGCAAGCUCUGAGCAAGCCCAUGAGUGUCCACCUGCUCAACCAAGGAAGCAGUAUCGUCAUCCCAGCCCAGCACGUGCCCCAGGCCAUGUUACAGGGCCAGAACCAGUUCCUUCUUCCGGGGCAGCUGGCCGGCGCCUCCGCCGUCCAGAUUCCCCAGCAGCUCUCGGCUUUGCCGGCGAACAUGGGGGGACAAAUCCUCACCACCUCGCACCCCAGCGGCCAAGCCCACAUCAUCACUAGCCAAGGGCCGGGCGGCCAGUUGAUAACCAAUCAAGCGUUGCCUGCCCAAAUCCUCACCAACCAGAACAUUGCCAGCCAGUUGAACCUGGGGCAGGUGCUGACCUCCCAAAAUGCCCAUGGCACUGCACACAUCCUCUCGGCCCCCAUCCAGCUGCAGCCCGGGCAGGUGGGGCAGCCGACACUGUUCCAGAUGCCCGUCUCGCUCGCGGGCAGUUUGACCACGCAGAGCCAGCCCUCCCUGGGCAGCGGCGCCAUCAACCAGUCGGGGCAGACUGUCAUCCAAGGUGUCACCUUGCCGAACCAAGUGGCGAUGUUAAAUGCCACGGAGAACCUCAACCAAGCUGUGAGCAUCCAGGCCUCUGCCACCACCAGCAGCCAGAGCCCUGGGCUCAUACAGCCUCAGGCCGCCUCGGGCGCCAGCCUGCUGCCAGCCAAUGACCAGUCCUCCAUCCUGACCGUUCAAACCGCUUCCCAGGCCCCGGCUCCCCCUCAGCUUCAGCUGAACGUGCAGCAACAGCCUCCUCCGCCGCCCCCGCCUCCUCAGCAGCCAGCCCAGCUCCCGGUGACUUCGCAGCCCAGUCCCAGCUUGGCUUCCAGUCCAGAGAAGAUCCUCUUGAGCCAGGCAGCUGCUGGGAGCGUCAUCAACCAGGACUCCAUGCAGAUGUUUCUGCAGCAGAAGGACCGGAGCCAGCAGCAGCAGCAGCAGCAAUUUUAUCCAGCCACCCUGAAAAUGCAGCAGGAGAACAGUCUGAAUCAGUCCACAGUACCACCACACCCGCCAGUGCCUCUGCCCAUCUACAGCAUAGCCACCACCGCCCUCAGCGCCACAAGCAGUGUCCCUGCCUCGGUGAUAGUCAGCAGCAGUGCGGGCACGGCCCUGCAGCGGGACCUGGGCCCCAACCAGAACCUGGCCCCGGCCGAAUCCAAAGGAACGACCCUUAUACCUCAGUUCUCAGCUGGCCACCCGCAGCAGGCGCUGCCUUGCCAGUUGCCUGCGGGGCAGCAGAAGCUCCCUGGUGCCUCCCCGUCCCAUUCGCUACCUCAUCCUCCCAUAGGCGAGAGCCCUCAGAUCCAGCCCGCGCACCUGCCCCAAAUGCAGUCCCCGCACCAGUCCCGCCCUCCGUCGCAGCCCCAGCCCCUCUCCCGGCCCCCAUCGCGGCCACACUCGAGGCCCCCCUCCCAGCCCCAGACGCUGUCACGGCCCCCGUCAGAGCCCCUGUCUCGCUCCUGCACCCCGCAGACCCAGAUGCAGAACCUGUACGUGAUCCAGAACCAGAUCACGUCGUCCCCGCACGGGCCCACCCAGCACCCCCUGCGGCCUCCCUCGCAGCCUCAGGUCCAGUUCCAGCCGCCGCCGUCGCAGGCCGAAGGGCAGCCGCCGCUGGCGACGCCUCCCCACAUGCAACUCCAAGUGCAGCUGGCUGCCUCCAUCCAGCCCCAGGCUGAGCCCCAGGUCCAGACCCGGCUGCAUUCCCAGAUCCAGGCACCCGCCGAGGCCCAGCAUACCCAUUCGCCGCACUUCCAGCUUCAGUUCCCUUCCCAGGGCCAGAUCAAGCCCCCGACCCCGACCCAGACCCUUCACCUCACCCCAGAGCAGCAGCGCAGUUUUCAGAUGGUUCCAAACCAAUUCCAAACCCUGACGGCAAUUCCAAAUCCCGCUCCGCAGCAGAAGCAGCUACUGGACAGGUUUCAGCAGGUGCCACAGGGAAUUAUCCUACAAACCAAGCAGCAGACAUCUACCAGCCAGGCCUCGUCGGCGCUCAGCCAGUUCAGCAGCCAGCCCUCCUCUGUCCUGGUGAACACCCAAGGGCAGCCGGUAGCAGUGACAACGACGCCGGCACCGGUCCACAGCCAUGCCCCAGCACCCGCCACCGGCCAGCCGUCCACUGCAGGUAUCACUGCUUCUGUUCCAGCGGAGAGCAAAACAUUUUCUACUGGCUCCACGACUAUUUCCGUGGGGAAAGUAGCGGCGGGACAGGGGAAGCCCGGAGCCACCUUUGCUCUUCAGACCAAGCCCGGGGUGAUCAGCUCCGUCUCCGGACUGAACCUUGGUAAAGGAUCCUUGCAGAUUCAAGUUGUCAGCAAAGGAUUAUCGCAGCUCAUGCCUUCAGUCCCGGUCCAAACCACGCAGCAGUAUGACAGUAAACUUGGAAGCCUGAAAAAACCGCCUACACUACAGCCCAGCAAAGAAGCAUGCUUCUUGGAACAGUUGCAUAAACACCAAGGAGCCGUGUUGCACCCAGACUAUAAAACAUCAUUCCGUUCAUUCGAAGAUGCCUUACAAAGGCUUCUACCCUACCAUGUCUACCAGGGGAUGCUGCCCUCCACCCAGGACUACAAGAAGGUGGACGAAGAGUUUGAAGUGGUGUCCACCCAGCUCUUGAAACGUACACAAGCUAUGCUGAACAAAUACCGGCUGCUGCUCUUAGAAGAGUCCAGGAGAGUCAGCCCUUCCGCGGAGAUGGUGAUGAUCGACCGGAUGUUUAUUCAGGAGGAAAAGACCACGUUGGCGCUGGAUAAGCAGCUGGCGAAGGAGAAACCAGAUGAGUACGUGUCGUCGUCCCGCUCCCAGAGCCUCCCAUCCUCCGCGGCUCUCGCCUCUGCCUCCAGCGCCGCCCCAGCCUCUGAAAGCCUCAAGGUGCCUCCGGCGCAGACGCCCGGCCCCAUCAACCCCACCAAGCUGGUGAUCAAACACAGCGGGGGCUCCCCAUCCGUCACCUGGGCCAAGGCCUCGCCCUCCCUGGACGGGGACGAAGACGCCCUGCCUUCCCGGAGCAAGCCCCCCAUCAAAACCUACGAGGCCCGGAGCCGCAUUGGCCUCAAGCUGAAGAUCAAGCAGGAAGCCGGGCUCAGCAAAGUAGUGCACAACACGGCCCUGGAUCCCGUUCACCAGCCGCCCCCCGUGUGCACCGUCAUCAAGGCGCCCGACCAGCACACCACCCCGGCCGUGGCCACCUCCACCCCUCCUGUGGCCACCGCCCCGGGUCAGAUGAACGGCACUGUGGACCAUGUGGCCCCAGCGCCGGCUGAGAAGAAGCCUGUGGCGACCUACUGCCGGCUCCCGCUUCGCAAGACCUACCGCGAGAACGUGGACGCUUUCGUGGCCGACAAAGCCACUGAUGCCAAGGGGGGUGCCCCCAAGGCCGACGCCGGCACCCUCAAGCAAGAGGACGGUUCCCGCAGUGUCAUCACCUCCCUCAAAACCCACGAGAGUCCUGCGGUGGCCGAGAAGAUCCGGCCAGAGGAGGGCUCCAAGCUGCUGUUCUUCAACCGGAGCGACACCCGGGCCCUGGGGUUACAGGGCAGCCCCGCUCCGCCCAAGCCGGACGACGCCACUAGUGGCCUUAUGAAGGAACUCGCGGAAGUGGAGGACGAGUUUUACCGUGGGAUGAUCAAAACGGAGCCCCCCGACCACAGCUCGGGCGCGGAGCUCACCUGGGACGUGCCCCUGCCCCCCGCCAAGCGCCGCAAGUCCGAGUCCUUCGACGUAGACAACGCCAGCUUCUCCAGCGACAGCCCCCAGGACGACUCCCUCAAUGAGCACCUUCAGAGUGCCAUCGACAGCAUCCUCAACCUGCAGCAACCUCAGACUGGGGGCCAGACCAUCCGGACACCCUCCUCCUCCUAUAACUCCUCUUCUUCCCCCUUCUCGUCGCCCGUCCACCGCACGGACGCUUACCUUGCCCCAAAUCACAACGGCGGCCUUGGAGCGAGGACGUUGAACAGAUAACAGAUGCCCACAGCGGGCACGGGACAAUUAGCAAGGACCGAAGAAGACGCUCUUGCUGGCGGUAAAGGUGGGGCAGGGUUGGGGAGGGAGUGCCCGGUGCCACCUACCGGAGACCCGACUGUUCGGGCCUGGCGCCGAUGUGAGUUGGGGGGUGGGGGGGGAAGGAGGGCGUCCGAACGCCGCUGCAUUGAUACGAUGGGUUUGGGAUGUCACCGAGGACCGAGCGGAGGUGGGAUGAUGUACCGCACGCUCGUGCCGUCAAACCCGCGCGCUGACGGCGAGCGGGCGGGGGGCAACAGGCCCCUGGGUAGCAUCGGCUGUGUAAUGUAGAGUCUGUAACGAAUCCCCCGAUGGGUCUGGUUUUCCCCUCUCCCAUCUUUGUCCUGCCCCAGCGGCCUUCAACCCUCGAAGGGACUGUAGAUGGCUCCCCCGCCUCCAGCCCACCCCAGCGGCCUUCCAGCUUCGAAGGGAUUGUAGACGGAGCCGGCAGGACGCUGGGGUGGGGCCAGAGGUGCCGUUGCAUCACCGAUUCAUUUGUUUAAGUUAUUCCCUGCAUCCCACGCGGGCUUUCGGACCCUCUCAUCAGCCAGCCCAGGCAAGAAGAAACCCCCAGCUCUGGCCCCCCCUGUCCAGCAAGGAAAUACAAACACUAAGCACCAGACUGCAAAGUUUACAGAUGAACCAGGAUGUGUCCCAGGUGGGAGGGGGGCAUGGGAGAGCGGGGGCUGUCGCCAGGCAAGGGGAUUUCCAGGGCUGCGUGUUGCUCUCCAAGGCAGCCGGGGGGGGCAGCCGGGCUGUGGGUUCGGGCAUGUCUGGUCUGCGAGUCCGGCCUGCCACGGUCUGCGCAGAGCCAGGCGAGCGCGAACGUUGACACAGCUGCCGUCUCUGUUGCUUCAUCCUCUCGGAGGGCUUUGCUCUUCCUUGCCCUCUUGGCCAUGCAUCGGGUGCCCCCUUCCUCUCUUGCGAAGCCAUAAAGAAGGCCCUUUUCCUUUUCGUUCUCCGUGCCCUUCGUGGGACUCGGCUCCUGCCUUUCCAGUCCCCCCCCAGCCUGGACCCUGAGUCCCGUCCUGCCCAAGUCAUCCCCAUCACGAAUGCUUUCGCUGGGUCCGCUGUGACCCUGGCUCUCGGCUGUCAGCUCUGUCAGUCACUUGUUUCAUCAGCUCUUUUCCCCCCUGGCUCCUUCCUUGCACUUUCUGCAGGUGCCAGACCCCAGAAGCAGGCUGAAGGAGACGCCCCAUUCGAUCUAGUGCCAAUUUCAGCCACUGGGUCCUUUCCCCUGGGGCAGGGGGUGGUGUUUAUGGAGCCCAAAUCCUGACGCUCGCCUUCUGUUCACACUCCCAGCGGUUUCUCCUCCUCUGUUGAUCCCUUAAAGCUGUCGGCCGGAGUUGAGAGGGGAACUGUUUGGUUUGGAAGCAGCAUUUCUCUCCCUUCUCACCAUCCCCUGUCCUCCCCCCCACGUGCUCACGCUCCAUUGUGGACGUAUCCGGGUUUCUGGUCAGUCUCACAGUGACAGGCGGGCGACCCGUGCUACAGGCGACGCCAGGAUGUGUGUGCAUCAGGCGGCCUUCCAAAAGCAAUACAGCCGCUCCUGCCAGGAGCUCCGAGGAGGCCCCGAAUAGCCCCGAUCAUGCCUUAUCUCCCCCCUUCCCCGGCUAGAUGUUUCCCCCCCACGGAUGAGACCAGCUGCACACCUGUGUUUUGCGUGCAAGCGGUGGCAGCCGGCAUGUACAGAGAGUGUCGCUUGUCCCCUUCGAGCUUUGCUUCCAUUUCCAAGACGGUCGGAGUCCCCAUGCCAUCUGGUAUCGGUGCCGUGCAUCUUGUUACCUUCUGCUCCAUCUUCACCCCCAAGGAUGCAAUAGCAGCUCACGCCGUAUCAGCCCGGCGCCUCCUUGGAGAGGUUUUCCAUUAGCGAUGCUUGAAUCGAGCAGCUCAAGAGAUGAUGCAGGGGGGUUGCAAAGGGCUGGCGAGGAUCCUCGGCCUCUCCAGUUGCCGACUGGAUGGGAGAGAGGGAACCCUUCCAAAUCCACCUGCCGGCUGCAUGGAGAGAGACUGCGCAGAGGUGGAAACCUGGGGAAGGGGACCGUGCCCUGCACGCCCCAGGGGUCUUCGCUGCCUGGGGAGAGGUGGAGAGAAAGCCGAGUGUACGGAGCAGACUCUUCUGUGUUGCAGCUGGGCCAGGGCAACCUUCCCCUGGAUUUGCAAGCAAAGCACCACGGCUGACAGCUUCCCCACCCCAGUCCCGUGCGAACACCGGCAUCUGUCGCCGCUACCUUCUAGUGUUUUCUCUCGCACGGUAUUUCUUCUGCUCUGAUCCUCUGGGAGCGUGAAUGGGGUUUCAUCCUUCCUUAUCCCUUGUCUUUUAAGCCUCUCUUUCUCCAAUGCUGAAAUGCUCCCGAGCGCUCAGAGAGAAACCGGGCCAGAGCAGCUGCUUCGUGCGGCAGGCGCGCUAGAAACCAUGACCAUAAAGCUCACAUAGGUGUGUCCUAUUUCUGCGUGUGCUUGCACACACGCACGCAGCUCCUACCCUACGGUGUUAGGUGGGCCCCGCGCUCAGCAGAGCAGCUCGUAAAACUGCGGCGUGAACCCAUUUCACUCCUAGAGUUUUAGUCUCGUGGUUUUUCAGGGAUCUGCUGAGAUGCGGCUGCCUCUGGGGUGGGCACGGGGGGCCUGGGUAUCCCAGGACUCUCACGGCAGUGUUGUUAUCUCUGGCUCACAACUGUCUUUCCCACCCUGCGUGAUAGCAGCAAUUCAACUGGGAAGCUGCCUGGGUGAGGGGGGGUCCCAGCUGAGAACCGCAGCCCUCCUGCUUGCUUUCCAUCGUGACCCCAACCCCUGCCUUACCCCCGUCUGUAUUGUUACUCGGGAUUUGGC